AUGGCCGAAGAUGCGAACUCUGCGUCUGGGGCUGCCGAGAACAAGAACGCCGAAGCUUCUGUUGCGCCUGUCACGUCUUCUGUAGCUGCAGGAAAGCAGCCGGCCAGUGACUCAGACGACGGACACGACGACGGAGUAGCAUCAGCAGCAGCGCCGUCUAGCAAGAAGAAGAAGAACAACAAGAAGAAGAGCAAGACAGCCGCGGAUGCGGAGUCGGAGGUGAAGAGGGCCAUUGACAGCCUUCCACCGGCACAGCUGGCCGAGCUGCUCAAGCUCAACCCGGCCAUAUCGCAGGAGAUCGCAGCGUCGGAGGCGCUAGCAGCAGGCUCGUCAUCGGGCGGCGCGACGUCGGAAUCGACUCUCGAGGCACUCAAGAAGCUCAGCCUGGCCGAUAUCAUGACGGGGCUGGCAGCCAGCGGCAAGAACGUCAAGGAUAUGGCGAGCUACAAGUUCUGGCAGACACAGCCGGUGCCGCGGUUCGGCGAGGGUGAGCAGGGCGGCACGAUGGUUGAGGAGGGACCGAUCAAGGUCCAGACGGUGGACGAGGUGUCCAAGGAGCCGGCCAAGCUCAUCGACGGCUUCGAGUGGGUCAAGGUCGACCUGACGGACGACGAGGAGCUGAAAGAGGUCUUUGACCUCCUCUCGGGGCACUUUGUGGAGGACGGCGAGGCCAUGUUCCGGUUCCGGUACUCCAAGUCGAUUUUGAAGGCGAUGAUGUCUCCCGGCUGGACCAAAGACUGGCACGUGGGCGUGCGGGCAACACAGUCGCGCAAGCUGGUGGCAUUUAUCUCGGGCAUUCCGCUGGAGCUGCGGAUCCGCGACAAAGUGCUGCACGCGUCCGAGGUCAACUUCCUGGUGAUCCACAAGAAGCUGCGGUCGAAGCGGCUGGCGCCGGUGCUGAUCAAGGAGAUCACGCGGCUCUGCAACCUCAAGGGCGUGUGGCAGGCGCUCUACACGGCGGGCGUGGUGCUGCCGAAGCCGGUCAGCACGUCGCGCUACUACCACCGAUCGAUCAACUGGCAAAAGCUAUACGAAGUCGGCUUCAGCCCGCUGCCGUCGGGCAGCAAGCCACAGUUCCAGGUGCGCAAGUAUGCGCUGCCGGACCGCACGAUCACGCGGGGCCUGCGGGAGCUGGAGGCACGCGACCUGGACGCCGUGCAGAGCCUGCUGACGCGCUAUCUCGCGCACUACGACAUGGCCCAGACGUUCUCGCGCGAAGAAGUCGAGCACUGGAUGCUGGACAAGCGGCUGCCUGGCGACGAGCAGGUCGUGUACUCGUACGUGGUCGAGGACGAGCACCACAACAUCAACGACUUCUUUUCUUUUUACUGCCUGGACUCGUCCAUCAUCAACCACCCGAGACACAAGGUGAUCCGGGCGGCCUACCUGUUCUACUACGCGACUGAGGUCGGCCUGACGACGCCGCCCGAUAAGAAGGCGCUCAAGGUCCGGCUCAACGAGCUCAUGUCGGACGCGCUCAUCCUGGCCAAGAAGCACAAGUUUGAUGUCUUUAACGCGCUCUCCAUCAUGGACAACGCCCUCUUUCUGGAGCAGCAGAAGUUCGGCCCUGGCGACGGCCAGCUGCACUACUACCUCUUCAACUACCGUGCCAACAUGAUCACCGGCGGCGUCAACAGGAGAAAUCAGCUGGACGAAGACGCGCUGAGCGGAAUUGGAUUUGUCAUGAUGUGA